UAUGUGCUGAACUCCGUGUUUUGCUGGGUUUCAGAAAGCAAGUGGCACAAUGGAUGAGGGUGUGCAGGUUGGAAUGGAGUGUGUGGCAUGUCAGACUGAGGGGAUGGGUGUGUGCUUGUUUACAGGCUACAUCCCCAGCUACCUGGAGAAGGACGAACCUUGUGUUGUUUGCGGUGACAAAGCCACAGGAUAUCACUACAGGUGCAUCACCUGUGAGGGCUGCAAGGGUUUUUUCAGGAGAACGAUCCAGAAGAACCUUCACCCGACUUAUUGCUGUAAAUACAUGGAGUCGUGUCUGAUCGACAAAAUCACCCGGAACCAGUGCCAGCUUUGCCGCUUCAGGAAGUGCACGGCUGUGGGGAUGGCCAUGGACCUUGUCCUGGACGACGGCAAACGCAUCGCAAAGAGGAAGCUGAUUGAGGAAAAUCGCGAAAAGCGCAGACGAGAGGAGGUGGUCAAGAACCUACAGAACAAACCAGAGCCCACACCCGAGGAAUGGGAACUGAUCCGCGUGGUCACCGAGGCUCACAUGGCAACCAACGCACAGGGCAGCCACUGGCGCCAGAAACGGAAAUUCCUGCCAGAAGAUAUUGGGCAAUCAUCGCUAGUCACCACACCAGAAGGAGACAAAGUGGAUCUGGAAGCCUUCAGCCAGUUCACUAAGAUUAUCACCCCGGCCAUCACAAGAGUCGUGGACUUUGCCAAAAAACUGCCCAUGUUUUCUGAGCUGCCUUGUGAAGACCAAAUCAUCCUGUUGAAGGGCUGCUGUAUGGAGAUCAUGUCUCUGAGAGCUGCUGUUCGCUAUGAUGCAGAGAGCGAGACCUUAACACUAAAUGGAGAAAUGGCUGUGAAGAGAGAACAGCUGAAGAAUGGAGGUCUCGGUGUGGUGUCAGAUGCUAUAUUUGAACUGGGGAAGUCUUUAUCAGCCUUUAAUCUGGAUGACACAGAAGUAGCCUUGCUCCAGGCUGUUUUACUGAUGUCCUCAGAUCGAACAGGACUAACUUGGAUAGAAAAAAUAGAGAAAUGCCAAGAGGCCUACCUCCUGGCAUUCGAACACUACAUAAACUACCGCAAACACACCAUCCCACACUUCUGGCCAAAGCUGCUGAUGAAGGUGACAGACCUGCGAAUGAUCGGUGCUUGCCAUGCCAGCCGCUUUCUGCACAUGAAGGUGGAGUGUCCCACAGAGCUGUUCCCUCCCCUGUUCCUGGAGGUUUUCGAGGAUCAGGAAGUGUAAGCGCCUUCGGACGUCCUCCCGACGUGAAAGAUAAAUGGAAUCUUUUUGUUGUUGUUGUUGUAAGCUGCCAGUUUGAAGCAACAAAAAAAACAGAGAAACAAACAAGGAAACACAAUCCAUUACACGUCUGGCUGCAAGCUUUGUGGGUCCCACUCCUCCUCCAAACUCAAAACAGAAACCAUUCCAUUUAUGCGGGUACCAGUUCCAAACCUUUGGAAGUCGUUAGCAUCUCUUGAUCCUUUUCACGCUCUUGUCUUGUCAAGGACGGGCAGUGCUGACUGGAUAUGCAUUUGCUACUUUAGAACUGAUUAUGUUAUAUAAAACACAGCCAGACUCCACAAACCCAAUCGGUCAUGAUGGAAGUCAUUCCUCAUUAUUUCCGUUCAGCACGACAACUCAUUGUUUGUGUAUCAUUUUCAAAA